UUCAUUUUCAACAAGACAGCCUCAAAUUUCAAUAGAAUCAAUCAAUCAAAUCAAGAUGAAUAUGUCCAUUGCAUCCAAAUCAUCAUCAGCAACCACCUUUCUUCACCUGCAACACAACCCACAACACUCACUCUUUCGUCCUCUUCGUUCUCCAACGUUUCUUCCUGUUUCUCUCAAAUCUUCAUCCUUCAAACCUCCAAUGGCAACUCUUGCUGUCGCUUCUUCUACUCUUGGACUCUCCGAUACCUUCUCCAAGCUCAAACAAGAUGGGAAAGUAGCAUUCAUACCAUAUAUCACCGCUGGAGAUCCUGAUUUAUCAACAACAGCAGAAGCGUUGAAGGUCCUCGACACUUGUGGAUCCGAUAUAAUUGAAUUGGGUGUUCCGUAUUCUGAUCCGUUGGCUGACGGGCCAGUCAUUCAGGCUGCAGCCACACGAGCAUUGGCAAAGGGGGCGAAUCUCGACGCAAUUCUUAAUAUGUUGAAAGAGGUGAUACCGCAAUUAUCGUGUCCAGUUGCUUUGUUCACUUACUACAACCCAAUUCUUAAGCGUGGCGUGGAGAAGUUCAUGAUUACCGUGAAAGAAGUUGGAGUACAUGGACUUGUGGUGCCAGAUGUCCCUCUGGAGGAAACCGAGCUCUUAAGACAGGAAGCUUCCAAGCAUAACAUUGAGUUGGUGCUAUUAACAACGCCCACUACUCCAAGAGAACGAAUGAAAGCGAUUGUUGAAGCUACAGAGGGAUUUUUGUACCUUGUGAGUUCUAUUGGAGUGACGGGAGCUCGUGCUUCAGUAAGCGGAAAAGUUCAGUCUCUCUUGCAGGAAAUCAAAGCGGAAUCGAGUAAACCCGUGGCUGUUGGCUUUGGCAUUUCAAAGCCUGAGCAUGUGAAACAGGUGGCUGGAUGGGGAGCGGAUGGGGUGAUUGUGGGGAGCGCUGUGGUGAAAAUAUUAGGUGAAGCAAAGUCCCCUGAGGAAGGCCUUCAAGAGCUAGCUGAAUUCACCAAAUCUUUAAAAGCUGCAUUGAUUUAAUAACAUAAUUUCAUAUGUAUUUUGUGUUAUGUUUUUUUUUUUUUUUUUUUUUAAAUCAGAUGUGGUCUGAUCUUGACUCAUCUUUAUACAAUUUUGUUGGAUAUUUCUGUUAUGGAAGUUGAAAAUGGGUGGUUUUAUAAAUUAUUAAAAAAACAUAUGUUAAGUAA